ACUGAGCUAGGCUGAAGCACCUGCAUUUUGGAGCUGCCUUACUGAAGGAACAUUAUGUUGAUCCCAGCAGCUCUUCUAUCCAGAGAUGCUCACCAGCUCAGAUAAAUCUCUCUCUCUGAUGCCAGACCACUGUGCCCCAGUGGGUUUGGCUUCCGGUCCCAAAGUCUGCACCACCAGUAGGGGGAUGCACGGCACCCGCUCCUCCCUCUCUCUCCCUGAGCCCGAGGCAUGGCGUCGGACCCCGAUGCCCAGCCCGGGCACCACCCGUCAGGGGGGCCUAGUCCAGGGGUCCCGUUCCUGCUCCCUGCAGGUUCCCCGCUCCGGCCUGGAGACCCUCGCUCUACCCCCGCGGGCAGCCAGCUUCGACGUCCCUUACAGGGUGGAAAAGGCCAGGUCGGACACAGGCUCGGGGUCUGUGAGCCCCUGUAGUAUGCAGAGGAGACGCGGGGGCAUCGUGGAUCAGAAGGAUGUGAUCAGAGCCCACGAGUCGCACAAGAUGCAGAGUACACCACAAGCCCGCAGGAAAGAGUGGGAAAUGGCUCGGUUUGGAGAAGAGGUUCAGAUGGCGAUGGAUUCUCGAGACUCCGGGGACCCGGAGCACGGGGAGGACGGCGGGGACACGGCUUCAGGUACAGGGUCAGGGACAGGGUCAGGGACGCUGAAACAAACCAAAGCAGCGAGGGCGCGCACCAUGGCUCUUUACAACCCUAUACCCCACCGGCAGAACUGCCUCACUGUCAACAGGUCACUCUUUAUAUUCGCCGAGGACAAUUUCAUUCGGAAAACUGCCAAGAGGAUCAUAGAAUGGCCAUAUCCUUCCUUAUACUUUAAAGACUCACUAUAAAUCUUACCUCGUGAAUAGCACAGCACUUUAGAGUAGUUUUCCGUUGUCUAAAAGUUUGGCGCUACAUUGACUUUAGUGCAGUUCAGCACCAUGGAAAGCGCCAUUCUUAUCAAGUGCGCUAUUCUACAUGUUUCACUAUUGGAAUUUAGUGAAUUUAGUUGCAGGCUAUUUUAUGUAAUGGCUGUCCUCAGUCAUCACUAUAGUUAUUUAGAUUUGAUUGGACUGUUACCUGCAAUAUUUUAUUUGAUGAGGCACGGCACAUUUGUCUAUAAGUCCAAUGUUACUGUCUGUCUGUCAAUCUAUCAUUUUCCAUUUUUCAUGACUACUUUAAAUAGCUGGUCUACCAUCUGUACCUUUAUCCAUCUCCCUCAAACCCAUAGUUGUACCUAUUGUGCAAUAAAAUGCUGUGUGAAUGUGAGCUGGUUGUGCUCACUGAAGUUAACAGGCCUAGGUUGUAAGCAUAUCUCUGCUGCCUUGGUGCAUGAUGGAACAUAAACAAGAGUAAGAGUCGGGACAAAUGCGUUAUUCUUUUCACUUUUGUGUUUUGCGACACAAAUAUCUGUCCCUGUCGGUCAUUGCAGAUACUUUUGCUGUAUGAAACUGGCUCAAAUUAAGAUCCUACGUCUGUACUAACACGUUCUUGUGCUUUACAUUCUAGCCAUACAGAUAUUGCAUUGAUUCCAUAAUGCAAUACACUGCUCUUUUGAGUAUCAUCACACUCAUACAUUGUGUCACUCUCCUGCUUGCUGUGAUCAAACCGCCAUCCUAGUUGUUGUGUGGGUGUGGGACCUGAGUGGUCAAGGCAAGUUGAAUGCAAAGGGUUGGAGGUGUAAGGGCGAGACUGUGAGUGUUCCGGACCAGAUAGUAUUUUAUUUUCUGCACUUGAUUGAGCUUUUGUGAGGCAAUGGACCUAAUAGAAUCGUCUCCAAAGUGCACAUGGUCUACACAUGGCACUUCCAGGCAGGUUCAAUCAAACGCUUAGAAUAUUUGAAAGAAAACAACACUUUGUGAGCCCAGGUCUGGUAGAUGGUGGUGAGUAUUCAUUCAAGUGACUGUGAGAAUGACUAAUGGGAGUCAUGAAUCUGCAGAGUAUUCUUUUGUUGAGGAGUAUUAUUUUGUUCUCUGGAUUGGCUAUUUUUAAAUAGUUUGAGUCGUGCUGACAUGAUGUGGACUCAUUCACAGUAGCUCCCAGAGGCUCCCCGCCACAUCCUACCUCAGUGAGUUAGUGACACCAUUUUCACUCAAGGCUAGAAAUGAAUUAUGACGGAGCGAGUGUUCCAUGUGGCACCUCUUACCACAGCCAAGACAAACACAGU